ACCAUCCUUCAUUUCCCUAUCCCUUGUCUCAAACACCAGCCUUAGAUUGAAAAAAGAAAAGGGAAUCCAUGAGAAAGUGUGUAGACAAGUCCCAGGGGAAAGCAGGGGCUCCAAAAAUGGAGGUGAACCAUGCUCAAACCCCACUUGGUGUACGUACGAGGUCCAUGACUCUGGAACUCAAGCGUUUACAGAAGUUACCUGCUUCACCAUCAGCUGCAUCUGCAGCCAUUGGAGAUGGUGGAUCCUAUCUGCAACUGAGGAGCCGUAGGGUGGAAAGGCUCUCACCAUUUGCUGCUAAAGCGAAAACCCGAAAGAUUCUCAAGGGUUCGACUUCAAAGAGCCAGGGAACGGGGCCAGCCAGUGGGAAUCAAGAAAGCAAGAAAGACAAGGGGAUGGGUCCAAUGCUGGAGGAGAAUGAAAAUGAGGAGAAAAAAAAUAACCCUGAUGAUUUGAAGGUUAUGGUUUCCUCCUGGGAACAGAAUAACUUGGAGGCUGAAAGUGCUGAAAGGGCCACAAGGGAGACCACACCAGUCCAUUUGAUUAGGGAUCCAAACGCUCUGGUUCUUCCCCCCUUUCCAAGCACCAGGCGUCGCUACAUCCGCACCACAAGGGCCAAUCCAAGGCAAUUCAUUAACCCGACAGAAGAUUACCUGAACGCACUUUUUGGUGAUCUUGAAGAGAAGCAUAAAAACAAGUGCAUUGAGAAGUACAACUUCGACUUCGACAAGGAAGAGCCGCUACCUGGCCGUUAUGAGUGGGAGAAAUUGAUGCCCUAGGCAUCAAUUCGAGUUUCAUCAAUACCCACCUGGCUACCUUGCAGUGUCGUGUCUUUUAUGUACAAAACAAGGGGACUAGGGUAGUGAAGGACUUGUAGACUAAUGAUAUGACUUAUAGAACAUAGAGCAUAAGAAACUCCUUUGUAUAACAGAUUACUAGAUUAGCUCAGUUUCUUCAAUUAGGUUAAGUCCCCUUGUUGUCUAGAAGUUCAUUAGUCGUCAUCGUCGUGGUCGUCGUCAUCAGUCGUGGUCA